CUAGUUAUUCGUAAUUUGCUGUACAGCUUGCCCUACUCUUAGAAAGUAGUUAUUACAACAUGAUACUAGGUGUAUCAAGCACCAUGACCAUCUGUUAAGAAAACAUUUGAAUUGGUAUUUCAGUCUCGUUUUUCAGCCCAAAAAGGUAGAAGAUCAGAAAAAAGAUGUCGUUGCAAUCUGCGUCCACUUACAUACACUUGCACGACCGGACAGGGGUCAAGUCCGGUACAUGCUUUAUGAUCCUCCACCUCAAGUAUAUAGACCUUGACCCUAAGAAAAUCAAGCAAGCGAUCCAUCAUCAUACGAAUACAUGAACUUUGAAGCACUUUAGAAGCAGGUCAGCAGACUUGUAAACGUAAACAUCUAGUAUACGACGACCCAUCGAAUGACCAUAAUAAACCAUCAUAGUAUCUAUAUGUCUAUGCACCCACUAGAAGUAGACCUCUCAACUUUUACAGCGGAAAAAUCACACCAAGCAACACCACAGGUCAAACUCUACCACUGCAAGCUGUAAAGUACAUAGAUACUGAUGCGCAAUUGAUGGCCUGGCGGGAAAGGCUAUAUCGGGAACGAAAAGGAAAGAAAAAACAAGUGUGGAGCUAUCUUUUAUGAUAAGCAACAAGAUGUUGAAUGAAGUAGACUGACCAGACAGGAUCCUUCUAGAGUUCUUUUAUGAUAAGCAACAAGAUGUUGAAGGAAGUAGACUGACCAGACAGGAUCCUUCUAGAGUUGUAACGAUACAAAAGACUUCGAUAUAAGGAGUCUUUUGUUCUAGUCUCCACCUCGUACAUGCGUACAAGUUCGCAAGAUCUGGAAUAUGAAUAACACUUUCGGGUGUAGUAGUAUCCCUGGAUUGGGUGUAGUAUCCCUGGAACACCACCUCGUGCUAGGUAAAUGAAUGAAGUAUCCCUGGAUUGGGUGGAGGACUACUCCCACUACUACUACUACUACCACUACUACCACUACUACCACUACUACCACUACUACCACUACUACCACUACUACCACUACUACCACUACUACCACUACUACCACUACUACCACUACUACCACUACUACCACUACUACCACUACUACCACUACUACCACUACUACCACUACUACUACUACCAUGGGGAUUUCUUCGUUCAUUUUCGACCCGAGCGCCCUACGUACCCGAGGACACGGGAGCGAAAGCUAGGGAUCGAGGUAGAGUCUUCUCGACAGUCGGGACAAUAGACGAUUUGCGUCGAAGUCGAAGUCAACCGAGUAAGCAACGGCGGUGAUCAUCUAAGAAGCCUCCUAAUAAGAAAAAGGUGACGAUCAUCAGAUUCCUCUUAGAGGACAACUGUUGAGCACAAGAUGAAGUAUGUACAUGCGAUUCUAUCUCUACUUAUAAUAUUGUAGAGGGUCCCUCGACUCCUGUUCGAUUGUUCUACGGCGCUUUGAUUUGUGUACUACUCAAUGUUGACUCGAAAUUAACAACGCAUAAUCCACCAACAUGACCAUACGAAGAGCUUCUCACAGAGUGCUUGGUAUUCUUUUCUACGUGGCUACGACGGACUGGUGUUAAAUUGAAUAACUUCCCGUUCAAUCUUCACGAUAUUAACACAUUGUUGCCUUGAGGGUAACACUUCUUACCUUGGUACCUCAAUGUUCAUCCGAUCUCCUUCAACGAAAUACAAAGAAUCCUUUCU